GACGCUGACGUCAUAACUGAUUGCCGGAAGUCCUACUGUAUUGGCAGUGAAAGAUGGCCGGGUUACUAAAGAAGACCACCGGCCUUGUUGGCCUUGCUGUCUCCCAGAAUCCUCAUGAGCGUCUACGAAUUCUUUAUGCAAAGAUCUUGACAUCACUGCAGACCAUGCCACAGGACGCCGCAUACAGGAAGUACACGGAGCAGCUGGUUAACGAGCGCUUAGACCAUGUGAAAACGGAGCCAGAUGUUGUGAAGCUAGAGAAGAAAAUAAAUGGUGGACAGAUUGAAGAAGUCAUCUUCCAGGCGGAGUGUGAGCUGAGUCUGUCCAGGAAGAUGGCUGACUGGAAACCAUGGGAGCCACUGGUGGAGGAGGCUCCACCCAACCAGUGGAAGUGGCCCAUCUGAAAUGAGUUGUGUUGCUGUGAAAUGAGUUCUGCUUCUAAUAAAGAAAACUCUAGAAGAAA